UCUAUUGGUGGCUCCCGCCUGCAUCUGCUGGAUCAGCUCUGACUCCCUGAACGCACACAUACAUACACACACACACAUUCACACACAUGCACACGCGCACACACACACACACACACACACACACACACACACACACACACACACACACACACACACACACACACACACACACACUCUCAUGCUCCCCUACUCACACACACUCUUACACAUACACUACCAGGGGGAUUCCUCCGCCACUGCAGCCCUCUGCUCGCUCCACCUGGCUCCCGUCUUCCGCCGUGGGGGGAAGAAAAAGCACGAUCCAAAAUGAGUUUUACUAAAUGGCCACAGGUCGGAGCUUAGUGUUGAUCCAUCGAAGAGCACUACGAGUGGAUGAAAACAAGCAGCCGUUAAUCUGGAAAGGAUUCCUCUUCUCUGUGCUAAGAGUCUGCUAACCGUGUGUAAGGACCACUGGGAGUACAAGAAUCAAGUCAAGGACACGUUCUCCCCCCGUCAGCCUGCAGGAGGAUGGGAGUGAGAAAAUAAAGCUCUGUGGAGUCGAGAGGAGCUUAAUGAAUUCCAAGGAAUCUUAAAAUAAACAGCUUGCAUUGUGUCCAUCUGUAGUAAAGAAUCAGGCAACCAUGUGGACAUUAGCUGCGACUGCCCACUGUCUUCUGGCUGCUACGCUGCUAUUGGCUAGCUGCCGCCAAUCGGUGAUUGCCACUGAGGAUGAUGUCACAGCGCGCAUCAGUUUCCCAUACAAUGCGAAAGAGAGAUCGGCCAAGAGAUUCUCAGCGGACGGCGUCUUCAAUUACACCUCUCUGCUGCUCAGCCAGGAGGACGACAUGCUGUACGUUGGAGCCAGAGAGGCACUGUUCGCCCUCAGCCUCUCUGACAUCAGCAAGAGCAAACUGCAGAAGAACGUGACGUGGGGCACUCCUGCUGGAAAAAGAGAGGAAUGCAGCUUCAAAGGGAAGAACCUGGAGACUGAUUGCUUCAAUUACAUCAAAAUUCUUCUGCGACUGAAUAGCACUCAUCUCUAUGUGUGUGGCACCUAUGCCUUCAGCCCUGUCUGCGCCUACAUAAACACGUCAACAUUCACGCUGGAGAGAGAUGAAGUGGGCGAGGUCGUGAUGGAAGAUGGGCGCAGUCGGUGCCCUUUUAAUCCAGAGUACAAGUCAACCGCCAUCAUUGUCGAUGGUGAACUGUACACUGGCACUGUCAGCAACUUCCAGGGGAAUGAACCAGUCAUUUACAAGAGUUUGGGUCAGGGAACUGCUCUGAAGACAGAAAACUCUUUAAAAUGGCUGCAAGAUCCGGUCUUUGUCGGGUCGGCUUACAUCGAGGAGAGUCAGCCAAUAGGCAACCCUGUGGGCGACGAUGACAAGAUCUACUUCUUCUUUAGUGAGGCGGGAAAAGAAUUCGACUUCUUUGACAACACCAUAGUGUCGAGGAUUGCUCGCGUGUGCAAGGGUGAUAAAGGAGGCGAGCGGGUGCUGCAGAAGAAAUGGACCACCUUCCUGAAGGCUCAGCUGCUGUGCUCGCUCCCUGAUGACGGCUUUCCAUUCAACAUCAUCCAGGAUAUGUUUGUCCUGAAGCCCAUGGGAGACAGCUGGGAGAGCACCGUGUUCUACGGCGUCUUCACUUCUCAGUGGUAUAAAGGUGCAUCAGGCAGCUCGGCAGUGUGUGCUUUUACUAUGGCCCAGGUGGAGAGAGCCUUCAGCGGCCGCUAUCGGGAGGUGAACAGGGAGACCCAGCAGUGGUACACUUACAACCACCCUGUACCAGAACCACGGCCCGGGGCGUGCGUGACCAACCACGCCAGGCAAAUGGGCAUCCAGUCGUCCUUGCACAUGCCUGAUAAAGUGCUCAACUUUGUCAAGGACCAUUUCCUGAUGGACAGCGUGAUCCGCAGCGCUCCCCUGCUGCUCAAACGCAGCGUGCGCUACACACAGAUCGCUGUGCAUAAGAUCCAGGGCAUGGAGAGGGCUUAUGAUGUGCUCUUCAUUGGAACAGAUGAUGGAAAGCUCCAUAAGGCCAUCAACGCUAAUGAUAAGAUGCACAUCAUAGAGGAGAUGAUUCUGUUUCCGGAGCCUCAGCCUGUGCAACACAUCGAACUCGAUCCUCAAAGGGGUCUGUUGUUUGUGUCGUCAUACUCGGGCCUGGUGGAGGUUCCUGUGGCAAACUGCUCCAACUAUCUGAGCUGUGGUGAGUGUGUGCUGUCCAGAGAUCCCUACUGCGCCUGGACUGGACGGCUUUGUCGAGAUGUCAGGAUGGCUCCACCUGACAGCCACUGGCAGCAGGACGUGGAGGAGGCUGACACAUCAGCGAUUUGUAACAGGACUUUUCCGAGCUCCAGAUCUGCAAGACCAGCGGCUUCUCGUGGUUCUCAUUGCCAGCUCAUCACGAUCCCAGCCAACACGUUUCGAGUCCUGCCCUGUAAACUGCGUUCCAACCUGGCACAGAGGAGGUGGCGUUACAGUGACAGCGCCAGCCAGUUCCUCUACGCCACACCUGAGGGAAACCUGGUGGUGGUGGCUCAGUCUGACAAGAUGGAGACCUACGAGUGCUGGUCUGAAGAGGAGGGCUUCCGCCAGCUGUUGGCCAACUACUGCGUGAGAGCAGAGCCCCGCCAUGAAAGCACCACUCUGAUUGGCCACUCACGCACACCCCACAUUGUUCCAGAGGAGACCAUCAUCCUGCCUGGAGAGUCUCGCUCUGAGCAGGUCCACACCAAGACAUACUGGAAUGAGCUGAUUGUGGUGUGUGCUCUGUUGGCGUUCUCCCUCGUGGUGUUCUCCUUGUUCGUCAUCUACAGAAACCGCGAUCAUAUGAAGUCCAUGCUGAAGCAGGGCGAGUGUCCGAACAUGCAGCAGAAGAAGCCGAGGAUAGUGGGAAAGCCCACCGAGAGUUUACCCCUCAACGGCAACACCAUCCCUGUCUCUACUUCGGACCACAAGGGCUACCAGACAUUAAAUGACAACUACAUCUGCAGCACGCCCACACACGAGUCCUCACCAGAUAACAGCAAGAGCUUCUCCGAAGCCUCCGACAGACGGCCGCUGAACCUGAAGGAGAGCCACGUGGAAUACUCCCCGACCUGCCCUCGGCCAAGAGUGCGGUUGGGCUCGGAGAUCAAGGACUCUAUCGUAUGAGAGCACAACAUUCGCUAAACAAUGACACCCUGCAUCUCCAUGAGGGAUACAGGCCACCGAGCAGAGGAGAGGAGACCCUGACAUCCUCCUACGUCACAGCACAUCUUUUAUUUCAGUCAUCUUAGUUCUGUGAUCAGUGCGGAGGUCAUUACGUUUAACCAUUUCCACUCCGAAGCCAGAGGUUGGUCCGGUUUGCUGCAAAAGGCAGGAAGAAGGAAGCAGUGCCAACACUCCGCUGGUUUCAACCAGGACCACGGACCAUGGCAGCUGCUCGGAAUAAUUUUAACACAGUCUUUUUUUUGAGUCAUUCUCGUGGCCACUAACGCCAUAUUUGUGUAAGCAUAAGGCUGGGUAACAUGGAAGAAAUAAAAAAAUAAAUAAAACAAUAAACAGAAGACUUCUUCCAGUAUCAAUGUUUAUCUCAGUAUCUCUUUAGGUAUGCAACAAUAAAUUGUCUCGUCUCGAUGUCCAUCACAUGAUACAGUUACAACAACAGACAAUUCUAAAUAUUGAUAUUUUACCCAGCCCAGUCUGAGUAAUCUUGCACAUUCUCUGCAGAAGGUGGCUGCCACACUUCUGUUAUUAUGCACACUAGAACCAAGCUACAGCUACAUGGUGACCAAGAGUUCAGGUUUAGGAGAAUUUAAUACAUGUAAUGCACAUUCAUUAUGAUCCACACAUUAUGGAAGCAAGUCAGAUGCACAUUUGUUCCCUUUUUCUGACUACAUGAGGAUUAUGAAAGACCAGGAGAAUACGCCACGCCCGAGCGCUCUUAUCGCCGUUGGAGCCACAAUGAAAAGGACUGCAAAGAUGAUCAAAAAAAUGUGAUCAAGAGUUACGCUCCAAGGCCGAAACACUGACGUUUACCUCCUGAAUGUAUGUUGUUGUUCAAAGAAGGUCCGUUUCACUCACACAAGGUUGCACCAUGGACGAUUUAGGGAGACAUUUCUGCUCAUCUGAGACCGCCCUCUCUGCAGAUACCACGACAGGUCAAUAAACGGACUCGGACACAGACGCCCAGUUUCUUGAGGCGAAUAUGGAAAAAAAGACCUGACAUUACAAACGCAGAGAGGCAAAUAAAAAAAUUAAAAUGGGGACAUUAACACCUCUAACCAUGUUCAGGGCAGCACCGAAAUCAUCAUGUGCACUGUGCCAAAAAAAAACAAAUAUAACUUGAUUGUCUUAUCUAAAUGCAAUAGUGCCAUUCCUGUUCUGACCAUCUCUUGCUUUGUGUUAGCAUUGAUCACUGUCAAAGAGCACAUGGUGAUGGACCCAGAGAUGGGUUUCACUAAAUGUUUUGUGGCACUAAUGAUGAAUAAAUGUGAAGUGCAAGGUUGGGAUUUUCUCUAAGACUGUUAGCUCAUAACAGACUCUGUUGGGCAGAAUAAUUGACCUUCAUGUAACAUUUGAACUGGGGCCAAAGGGCAUGGCAUGGAGAUCGUUUGCCAUGUGGGUGAGAAAAUAUUCUAGUUUUCCUUCUGUCCUCUCACUGAGACGUGCAGAUACAACCACUUGGAGAUAAUUUAGCUUGACUGGCGCUAACAAUACGAGUGUUUGGCUAGUUUACGUGCUACUGUGCCCACUCGCAAUGUAGAAGUCGCAGAACAACUAAUAACUUAUGUCGCUGUAGGGGAGAGAUAAUGUUUAGUGGUUUCUUGUCCAGACUGCAGCUGCACAUUGUAGUGAAGUAGACGCACAGAGCUUUGUAUCAGCUCAAUAUAACCACCCCCGCCAGGUCACAUGUCUUACAUACAUGGUGUUCACCACUCAGUCAGAGGUCAAGGUGACGUUAAUGUGAAAGCACAAGCAAUCAGGGUGUUGAAUACUUACAGGUUUGCACAUUUCAGUAAAUUUGGAGCACGUUCUAAGAAAUGCAACUACUGAGACAGAAGGUGUGGCUGCUAAGGAAAGCGAUUCUUAGAAAUCCGUGAUUACAGGGACCAGUGCACCCAUUGCGAACACUCUUGCACCCGCAUUGCUUCGACUUUUGAGACUUAACGAGCAGAAUUUUCCAAAGAUGUAGGAUGCUGAUAGUGUUGUGUAAAUCGGAGCGAGAAACAUUUACACGGCCAUCGGGACAACAUGGCACCACAUGUCUUAGAAUACAUCACCAGUUCACUGUAUUGAUCAAUUAAGCCUACGGUAUAUACUCCACUAUCAUACAGAUCAACAUUUUGCUAUUUCGAACACUGAGCAUAUGACAAAAUGCUAUGUAACUGCUACAAGUUGACAAAGUAACUGCACAGCAUACUGCGCAACAGUGGUCAGUGUUUCCUUUUUUUCCCUUAUGUUUUUGUUGUGUAUAUACAGUACCUGUGCUUAAUAUUGUGUGUUUUUUAAGGGACCUUGUGCAAGAUGUGUUGUAGAGGUAGUCUUGAAACUAGAGAGUGAACACUGCUGAUAUAUAUUUCUUUUCUUUCAUAGUGCUUUACCUGCCUACUUCAGCAGACAUUUCACCACGCUGUUAGUUCAGCACCUGGGCUUGUUUUUUCAUCAAGCAUGUCAAAGCAGGAGAGGUAUCUGUUUAGUUGUCUUAUUGCUGACAGUUAGAUGAGAAGUUUGAUCCAAUUUAAAUUUCUGAAUGAAAUGUGAAGCUACAGCUUGCAUCUGAGGGGUGUAUUAUCAAGCAAAAUGAAUGGGCUAAUAACAUAUGAGUUUAAAGUGAAGGUUUUCAACUUGACAAAGGUGGCUCUCUUCUAAUCAGGCCAAAAACUAAAGUGAUUUCCACAUCUCUGUCAUUACAGAACAGUGUCAGACCCAAAUGCACUUGUAGAGUAUCAUCUUUAAAUGUGUUAAGUUUAAACUUUAAGAGCUCCACUGUGCAGCUGGCAUGUAAGAAAUAUGUGGUUGUAUUAAGAGAGCUCUGAGUGGCAAAAAUCAACACAGUAGUUGGACUUUCAUUGUAAUAAAUAGUUCUAUUUGUCGUGACUCUCCAUUAUUACAAACUGUUCCUCUUGACUGAAGUAGGGAGGAUGCAACUGGUCCAUUUUGUGCAGAAAAAAUGUCGAAUGAGGCGCUUUUUAUCAGAGCGCACAGAGCCUGGUGAAAAAAACCUAGUUAACGAAGGACAAAGAAAGUCGAUCACUACCACUGUGAUACUCACUUUCUCUGAUUGGGUUUUGUCAAGCCACCUUUUCACCAAAAAAGCCUGGCUACGUCAGAAUUGCUUUGGAAUACAUCCUUCUGGUUAGCUUAGCUUAGCUUAGCUUAGUUUAGCAUCAAGAGUGGAAACUGGGAAACAGCCAGUCUGACUUUGUCCAAAGGUAAUCUGCACUUAUUGGUUUUUUUUGUCAACCCAUAGACUCCAGAGGGUCCAUGCUCUCAGCCAAGAAAUAGAUUGGCACAUAAAUCCUCUGUAUCUUUGUUUAUUGUACAUUUAAAAAACAAAAAACAAAACAUGUUUUCUGAUGUGAGCUUUUCAGUUGCUGGUAUAAAGAUGUUGUCACCUUUGGACAGAAGCAGACCAGCUGCUUCCUCCUGUUGUUGGUGUUUGUGCUAAGCUAAGCUGACAGACUUGUCGCCGUAGUGCACAAACAUCGGAGCGAUAUCGAUGUUCUCAUCAAACUCUCGGCAAGAAAGCAAAUAAUAUGUUCCAAAUUGUUCAACUAUUGCAAGCGGAGACCAAACGAAUAAACCAAGAGUAUUAAAUUUGCCAACAAAUGAAUAAACAUAAAUCUGAUUCUAAAAGGCUUAAUGCAGUGUUGCUUUUCACCUCUGCUGACUCAGAUUUUCUAAACUAUAUACAGUCUCAAUAACCUGCUUUGAGGUGCUUGGUGAAUAACCUCAUGACAUAAAAAUGCCUUUAGAUAUCAAAUUGUUCUGCCUUUAGCCGUGUGCCACAUAUGACACUACCCAGCUGUGACCUCACCAACGGAAACGUGGUGAAAGGCGUGAUUGUAGCCCUCAGUGGGCACACUUAACUCCAAAACACAACACGGGUCAAUAGUAGAUUUACAGCUUCAACCAAGCCACCAUUAACUUUACCUGCAAACUAAACUGGGAGCUGCUCAAAAUCUGGUGUCAUUCUGCAGCAUUUGAUGGCCUAAAAACUGUACACACUUCCUAUGAGGUCAGUAAUUGAUACCAUUACCAUUAAUCUCAUUCAAACGCUGAAAUUACUACAGUUUGAUCCUAACAGAUAAUAAACAUUAACUGUCAUGCAUGUGCGUAUUUAUUAAUGACGUGCUUUUUCAAUGAAAAGCAAACAGCACCACAGAAAACGAUGCUUCAUUUUGAGCAGCUCCUCAGUCAUGCAACAUACUGUACUGGAUAUGAAUGUAGCCAACUAUAUAUUUGUAGAACAUCUACAGCAGUCUAUUUUCCUAAAAUGGCUUAAGUAGGCAAUCCAUUGUGGCAUCUUUUCAGGAUUUAGUUUAAAUGGUCAUAACUACACAGAAACAGCACAAUAGAAGUAAUUAAUCAUUUGUGCUGCAUGUUGUAGUACUGCAGUAAGAUGCAAGCACAGCUCCAAAUCCUUCGUAUCGGCUCAGCCAUGAGACACAGCGACAGCUUUGCCUCAGCAUACUGAACACCAUAAGCUUAGUUGACUGAAUAACUAUUAGACAAAUGUGGUCUUGCCUGCAUGAUUUCUCUUUUUUUUUUUUUAUUUGUUGUGUACAAAUAACAUUGUGAACUGUAUUUUUUGUAUCAUUGAGAUUGUGACUGUUGUUUUUAUUAUAUUGUACAUAAAAAGCACUUUAUUUUAAUUUUUUAAGAUAAAAGAAUAAAAUACAUGUUUUGACACA